AUGCGGUUCGACAGGCGGACGUCGCCAUUAAUUAACCUUCUCCUAACAGCCCCCACGCUGUCUGCGGCUUUCUAUCUUCCAGGUGUAGCACCCACCUCAUACGAUGAUGGCCAGUCCGUACCUCUCUACGUGAACCAUCUCACCCCCGGGAUAGCCCAGCAGGACGAGCAGCUACAUUCUGUAUUCUCAUACGACUAUUAUCACCCAGCUUUCCGGUUUUGUGUUCCAGAAAAUGGCCCAAAGGAUGUUCGAGAGUCGCUGGGGAGCAUCCUGUUCGGAGACAGGAUCCAAACCUCACCAUUGGGGUUGAGCAUGCGCAAGGAUGAGACCUGCAAAGCGACUUGUCAGGAGGCUACGUUUGAUGCCAGAAGCGCCACGUUUACCAACCAGAAGAUCGGGCAGGGAUACAAUAUCAACUGGCUGGUGGACGGGCUGCCGGCCGCUCAGCAGAAUCUUGGGAAUGAGCCUCAGGCUUAUAGCCCUGGUUUUGCCCUUGGUGAACUUGAUGAGGCCGAACGGCCUGUCUUGCACAACCACUUUGAUAUCUUGGUUGACUACCACCCCGUGAACGUUGGAAACAAGCAAAAGUAUCGAGUCAUUGGUGUGCUAGUCCAACCAAGUUCCCGGAGCGGCUCGCGGGUCUCCGAAGAUGGAACGGCAACGUGCGAUGAAGGCGACCCAAUAUAUUUGGACAACGAUGGCGAGACAAAGGUUACUUGGACUUACAGUGUGAGCUGGCGGGAGUCAGCCACCCCGUGGGCAACUCGAUGGGACAAAUACUUGAAGGUGCAGUAUCCGAAAAUUCACUGGUUCUCACUUGUCAACGCGGCUGUCUUCGUUAUUUUCCUCGUCGGAAUGGUCAGCGUGAUUCUUGUUCGUGCUCUCAAAAAGGAUAUUGCUCGGUAUAACCGCCUGGAUUCGUUUAACCUGGACGAUUUGGACGGAACAUCCGCCGCUGUCGAGGACGGGAUCCAGGAAGAUUCGGGCUGGAAGCUGGUCCAUGGCGAUGUCUUCCGAUGUCCCAAGUCACCUUUGCUUCUCAGUGUGCUUGUCGGAAAUGGAGCCCAACUUUUCAUGAUGACCGGCGCCACUGUUGUCUUUGCGAUGUUUGGCCUGUUGUCCCCUGCCAAUCGAGGUUUCCUUGCAACUGCUAUCCUCCUUAUCUACACACUCUUUGGAUUCAUCGGAGGCUACGUUUCAUCGAGGGUUUACAAAUCAUUUGGUGGUGAAGCCUGGAAACGUAACAUUAUUAUGACCCCCGUACUGGUCCCAGCGUUCAUCUUCAGCGUCUUUUUCCUGCUCAACCUAUUUGUUUGGGCCAAGGGCUCAAGUGGUGCUGUGCCAUUCGGCACAAUGCUUGCGCUCGUGUUGAUCUGGUUCGUUAUCAGCGUGCCAUUGAGUGUUGCCGGUAGCUGGCUUGGGUUCAAGCAGCAGAUUAUUGAGGGCCCAACAAAAACCAACCAAAUCCCUCGGCAAAUCCCGCCCAUGAGAGGUAGCUUGAAGACAGUUCCAUCGCUUUUCUUGACUGGUAUCCUCCCAUUCGGCGCUAUUUUUGUGGAGCUGUACUUCAUCAUGACAUCUCUGUGGACCAACAAGAUCUAUUACAUGUUUGGAUUUCUGUUCCUGUGCUACGGUUUGAUGGUUGUCACCACCGCUGCCACGACAGUCUUGCUGGUAUACUUCCUCCUUUGCGCUGAAAACUACAGGUGGCACUGGCGAGCUUUUGCAGGCGCAGGAAUGACCGGUCUGUAUGUCUUCCUUAACGCUCUUCUUUUCUGGGCCACCAGGGUAAGCUUCGGCGGUCUCACCGGGGCUGUGCUCUACGUGGGCUACUCGGCAUUGAUCGGAUUCAUCGUCUUUAUCCUUACCGGCGCGAUCGGUUUCUUUGCCAGUUGGCUCUUUGUGCAACGCAUUUACGGCUCGAUCAAGGUCGACUAA